AUGGCCACGGCGGCGGCCUCCCAGCUCUCCUUCUCGUCCCCGAUCGCCGGUCGCCGCGGCCGGCGGCAGACCCGCGCGUCGGCGUCCGCGACGGACCGGCACGAGGUGGUCUCCCCGAAGCUGCGGCUGCCGCUGCGCAAGGUGCCGGGCGACCACGGCCCGCCGCUGCUGGGCGCGCUCAAGGACCGGCUGGAGUACUUCUACGGGCCCGGCGGCCGCGACGGCUUCUUCGCGUCCCGCGUCCGCGCGCACCGCUCCACGGUGGUGCGCCUCAACAUGCCGCCGGGCCCCUUCGUGGCCAAGGACCCGCGCGUGGUGGCGCUGCUCGACGCCGCCUCCUUCCCGGUGCUCUUCGACACCUCCCUCGUCGACAAGACGGACCUCUUCACCGGCACCUUCAUGCCCUCCACCGACCUCACCGGCGGCUACCGCGUGCUCUCCUACGUCGACCCCGCCGAGCCCAGCCACGCGCCGCUCAAGUCCCUCCUCUUCCACCUCCUCACCCACCGCCGCCACCACGUCAUCCCGGCCUUCCGCGACGUCUACGGCGACCUCUUCGGCCUCAUGGAGAACGACCUCGCGCGGGCCGGCAAGUCCGACUUCGGCGCGCACAACGACGACGCCGCCUUCGGCUUCCUCUGCCAGGCGCUCCUCGGCCGCGACCCCCUCGACUCGCCGCUCCGCGACCAGGGCCCCAAGCUCAUCGCCAAGUGGCUCCUCUUCCAGAUCAGCCCGCUGCUCAGCCUCGGCCUGCCCACCCUCGUCGAGGACGGCCUGCUGCACACCUUCCGCCUCCCGCCGGCGCUCGUCAGCAAGGACUACGGCCGCCUCGCCGACUUCUUCCGCGACGCAGGGAAGGACGUCAUCGACGAGGGCGAGCGGCGCGGGAUCGCGCGGGAGGAGGCCCUGCACAACAUCAUCUUCGCCAUGUGCUUCAACUCCUUCGGCGGCAUGAAGAUUCUCUUCCCGUCCAUGGUCAAGUGGCUGGGCCGCGCGGGCGGGCGCACGCACGGCCGACUCGCCACGGAGGUGCGCGCGGCCGUGCGCGCCAACGGCGGCGAGAUCACGAUGCAGGCGCUGGCGGAGAUGCCGCUGGUCAAGUCGGCGGUGUACGAGGCGCUGCGGAUCGAGCCGCCCGUCGCGAUGCAGUACGGCCGGGCCAAGCGGGACAUGGUGGUGGAGAGCCACGACUACGGCUACGAGGUGAGGGAGGGGGAGCUGCUCUUCGGCUACCAGCCCAUGGCCACCAAGGACCCGCGCGUCUUCUCCCGCCCCGACGACUACGUCCCCGACAGGUUCCUCGGCGAGGACGGCGCGCGGCUGCUCCGCCACGUCGUCUGGUCCAACGGGCCGGAGACGGCGUCGCCGUCGCUGCAGGACAAGCAGUGCGCCGGGAAGGACUUCGUCGUCCUCAUCGCGCGCCUCCUCGUCGCCGAGAUCUUCCUCCGAUACGACUCCUUCGACGUCCAGGUCGGCUCCGGGCCGCUCGGCUCGUCGGUCACCGUCACCUCGCUCAAGAAGGCCACCUUCUGAUCUA